AUGAGGCACCGCGGCCUCGGUCAAGAGCAGGAGAAGGAACAGGGGGGUUCAGAAUGCGAGUCCGAAGAUGGUUUAAAAGGAACCUGCACGGACAUACAUAAAUGCAUGCAGUUCGUCAUGCCAUUGAAGACCAGACAAAGUUAUCCUCAGGUCGGCAAACGAGCAUACGGAUUACCUGAUGGUAAGCAAUCAGCGCCGCUCAUGGACACUCGCAACGGAGGAGUUACGAAAUGUAUGGAGUACGUGAUAGACUCGCCAUACUCCUGCCGGCUUUGGGGAGGGGUGCAGAGGUACCUGGUGGAGGAGAAAGAGUGCUACGGGUACACUCCGACGGUAGUCCUCGCUGCUGCCGGGGGCAUCGAUGCUGAGAGAGGGCAGUACCCUCAUAUGGCGCUGUUGGGUUAUGGCGAGGAUCCUGAGUCUGCUGAUUGGCUGUGUGGGGGUACCCUCAUCAGUCACCGGUACAUCCUUACUGCUGCGCAUUGUUUGUCCAGUCGUGCUGUCGGUCCUGUAAAGUUCAUAGCCCUGGGUCUUCUAAAGAGAUCAGACCCCAUGGAGACAUGGCAGAUUUACAACGUACAAGCAGCUAUACCACAUCCGGAGUUCAAACCGCCUUCGAAAUACCACGAUAUAGCACUUUUGGUUUCUGACAAAUGGAUACCAUUCAGUCCUGUUGUUUUACCAGCGUGCCUCUCGACAGGAGGCGCGCAAGACCAGGCCCACGCAACUGGGUGGGGAGCCACUGGACAUCGAGAAGCUCUUGCAGAUACGUUGCAAUCUGUGACUCUAACAGCCUACGCUGAGGAGGAGUGCAUGGGAUUCUUCCCCCCUCAUCGACAGCUGGAGAAAGGAUAUGAUCACAAGACACAAAUGUGUUAUGGGGCCAGGGAUCAGAUCAACGAUACUUGUGAGGGUGAUAGUGGGGGUCCACUGCAAGUUCGCUCAGAGAUCUCUUCCUGUGUCCACACUGUCAUAGGAGUCACCUCACAUGGGAAACCAUGUGGCUUCGCAGGAGGUUCUGGAGUCUACACAAGGGUUGAAUACUACGUACCAUGGAUCGAAAGUAUCGUGUGGCCUUGA